AUGCGUGUUCUUGGUCCGUGUAUCGAAACUACACGAGAUAUUACACCAUUACUUGUUUCUGAACCAUUAAGUUCAAGAAGUUGUGCUCCUGAUAUAGAUCUUAGUGCUGAAACUGCAUACGUUAAGGAGAAACAACAGCUUAUUGAUAAUGUUCGAUCGUGUUUGACUGCUAUGACAACAACCCGACGUGCCGCUGAUAAUGUUUGUCAACUCUAUAGACGUGGUAUCGACUUCAGUGUAACCUUGAAACAUUUGUUUCAAGUGCAUUCAACAGCAUUUUACUUAAAAGCGGCUACAUCUGCUCAAAUUAAGGAUCUCUUAUCAACUGGUCGACGAUUAUCAUGGCCAGAUCUUCCUAAUAAUAUUAAUGCUUUCAGAACAGAUGUUGGCCAUGAACAAUUAUUCAUAGCUCAAACAGCAUCUGCUAAAGACAUUUCGUCAAAAAUCGAUAGUGCAACAUCAAUUGCAAUGUCAUCAAAAUUAGCUUACCAACUGACUAGACUAUCGUACUAA